GCGAUGAAGCGUCAUUCAUUCAGUGACGUGGGCGUAGUGGAAUGAAUGAGCUGAAGAGACACAGAACACCAAAGACUUCACUGAGGCACCGACAGAGACACUGUGGACCUAUGAAGCGGGGUUUUUCUUCCGACACUGAUGAAUAUUAAUAUAUUUAAAGAGACCUAUUAAUUACUUUAUCGUCUUGAAAGAACAAUGGCACGAGGAGAGGGCGCAGAGCAGUAUUCGACCGGUUUAUUAUCAAUCAAACCUAUAAACACAGACAUCAAGACAGCAAAGCCAAAGGCCCAGAGAAAUCGUCUGACUGUGUGGAAUAAACUGUGCUAUGCCAUCGGAGGGGCUCCCUACCAGAUCACAGGCAGCGCUUUGGGCUUCUUCCUGCAGAUCUACCUGUUGGAUGUGGCUCAGCUGGAUCCCUUCCAUGCCUCUAUCAUCCUCUUUGUGGGCCGGGCCUGGGACGCUGUCACAGACCCCACAGUGGGUUUCCUGGUGAGCCGGAGUAAAUGGACCGGCAUCGGCCGCAUGAUGCCCUGGAUCCUUUGCUCUACUCCGUUCGCAGUGCUAACUUACUUCCUGAUUUGGUACGUGCCUUCUUUUGGGCAAGGGAAGGUGCUCUGGUACCUGGUCUUUUACUGCCUCUUCCAGUCAAUGCAGACGUGCUUUCACGUGCCGUAUUCAGCCCUCACCAUGUUCAUCACCAACGACCAGAAAGAGAGGGACUCCGCCACUGCUUAUCGUAUGAUGGUGGAGGUGCUGGGCACAGUUCUGGGCACAGCAAUCCAGGGACAGAUAGUAGGCGGCUCCACAAAUUGUCCCACUGAGCCUUAUGACCUGGACAGCAGAAACUCCACUAACACGUCCAGAGUUUCACUCGAUGAGACGAAACAAGCUUAUUUGAUUGCUUCAGGGGUCAUCUGCAUCAUCUAUGUCCUCUGUGCAGGAGUCUUGUUUUUGGGUGUGAAGGAACGAAAAGAGAACGGGGGGGAAAAAACACUGCUCACCUUCCGUCAGGGCCUGUGGCUGGUGAUGAGCUACGGACCGUACGUAAAACUAGUCAUCGGCUUCCUCUUCACAUCUCUGGCAUUCAUGCUGCUGGAGGGAAACUUUGCCCUUUUCAUCACCUACUCUCUCGGCCAUAGGAAAGACUUCCAGAAUAUUCUCCUGGUCAUCAUGCUUUCCGGGGCUCUAACCAUCCCGUGGUGGCAGUGGUUUCUGACCCGGUUUGGGAAGAAGAAAGCAGUUUACUUCGGCAUCACGUGGGCAGUACCUUUCAUGAUCCUAAUCAUCUGCAUCAAGAGCAACCUUAUCAUUUCAUACUUGGUCUCAGUGGCAGCAGGUGUGAGCGUGGCGGCAGCUUUCCUCCUGCCUUGGUCAAUGCUUCCCGAUGUAGUGGAUGACUUCAAGGCUAAAAACCCAGACAUCCAUGGUCACGAAGCCCUCUUCUACUCCUUCUACGUGUUCUUCAUCAAGUUUGCCUCUGGAGUUUCCCUGGGUGUCUCUACACUCAGUUUGAAAUUUGCCGGAUAUGUGACUGGGAGCUGCUCACAACCAGAGGCGGUCAGUUUAACCCUGAAGGUGCUGGUCGCUCCUGUGCCUGUCGCUCUUAUAGCUGUGGGACUGUUGAUAUUGAGGACAUACCCAAUCGAUGAAGAAAGGAGACAGGGCAACCAAAAACUACUGCAGAAAAUACUGGACUCUGAGUCUGAAACUUCAGUACUUGGAAGCGAGGUGUAGCCGCAGAGGACUAGCCAACCACCACAGACGCUUUAACAGUUUUGCACAGGCUGUCCAGGGACACGACCACCAACCAUCUGGACUAACACAGGAGAGACCGCAGACCACUGCUGCCCAAACAAAGCCAUCAUUAACCAGCUCCCACCAGUGGAUCACGCAGGUCUACAUCGCCCUCUAGUGGCCGGCCAGUGGCAUCUUCAUUCAUGGGAGCUGUAGUCAUUUUAUCUUAGUGGGGUUUAACUCAACUAAGAGAAAAAUCAAAACAGUUUUUCCAAAGAUUUGUGACUUCUGGCAGCUCCACUAUUUCUUUUGUGCUUUGCCUUGUGGACAUUUUUUUCACAUUUUUCACAUUUUUUUCACAACCUAGUAUUUCAUACUGAAAUACUAGGUUGUAUUUGGGACACAGCUUUUGAUUUGUGGUGUUCUUUAUUAAGUAUUUAUUUGUUGGUUUACAAGAUCAGACCUUCACUCGAACAGAAGAGUGUGAUACUUUGGUGUUUACUAUGUCUUAAGUCACUUGUGUUCAGGCAGUGCUCUGAAGGAAAUAUACAGUAUCAGCCCGUAUUUACAAAGGGCAUGCCAGCACUAUUUCACUAAUUGGAGUUGUAUGGCGCUUUCUUACACUAUCUACCUUUCAUUAGGUGUUGCUGCUCUUGUAGAUUAUUUCAGAAAGGCAAAAACAAUAAGUGUACUUGAAUCUUCUGAAUGAGAAAAGGCACCUUGUGGUAUAAUGUACUGUAUGUCUGAAUCACUGCCUUACACACAUCUUGAAUAUGUUCUGUUGAACUUGUUAGUCAGAUUAUUGUCCUUUUAGCUACUGACAAGGUUUUGCCAUCCCACCUUUUUUUGUGCUUUAGCAUUUUAGCCAAUCUCUGUCAGGUUUAAUAGACAUUUCUGAAUGUGCUUUUCACUACAAACUCCAGUAUUAAGUCAUUUCAUACUGGAGCUCUCCAUCUUCUCACUUCCCAAAGGGAAGGAAAUGCAUUAUUUAACUAUUUAUUCAAACAAACAAUCUUAAGGGAUGAUAAUUGUACGUAUAAAAGCACAUGUGUAUAGUAAUGUAUUAGCAGUGAAUGCUUGUUGAUGGAUGUGUGAGUGAUUUUCAUGUCCUGUGUAAAACAUUGAGAACAUCAGAAUUGCUUUUUUUCUAAGACAAGAAAAUUACACAAAUGAUAAAUGUGAUAAACAAGCUGCCUCUGCCGGUGUUGUGACUCUUAAAAUCAGCUGCCCGAACCCAGUUUCUGUUUAA